GAAGAGGGGAGAUGCAGGAGGGUAUUUUAGGACAGUGAGUUAAGUUGAGUUGACAGUUGGCCCGUAUUCAUCAUCGAGACUGAGUGUCUGCGGACAGGGUCAGGACAGGGGCUGGCAUCGGUGCUUCCCACUAAGCUUUGUCACUCAUCUCCAUGCUAUUUGUGGCAACCUGAGCCUGUAAAGUGACACAGUGUUGUUGUGUAUGUCUGUUAUACAGGGGGCAGUGCAGGGUUUGGGAUUAUAAAAGGGAGAUUUAGUAUUGUCAAUCUGUCUCCUUGCCCUUUUUGCUAUUUUGUCAAUUGUCUAUUUUGUCACCAGCCCCCCCUCUCUCUUUCCCUUCUCUCUCUUCCAUAUCUCUCUCUCUCCUCUUCUUCUUUCAUUCUAUCCUCUCUCUUUACGUGAUCUCCAAGGACCUCCUCCUCUACCUCAGUCAGGCUUCUGCACUUCAGCCAGCACAAGCUAACAAGUCUUUGUGUGGAAAGGGAGAGAGUGCGAGCGAGAGCAAGAGGAACGGAGGGUGAGCGAAAGAGAUAUAGAAAGAGAGAGAGAGAGAAAAAGAGAGCUAGAGAGGAGAGAGAAGCUGGCUGAGAAAGCUGACAGCAAGCAACACCAGAGAGAGAGAUUGUGAAUGCUAGACAGACUCCUGGGUGCUAAACAAUAGCGGAGAGGGUAGCAGCAAGGUCUGUUCUUCUGGGAGCCCUGACGAUGUGGACUUUUAUGUCGUGAAUACUGUGGGGAAGCACUAGAUAAUUCCUGUUUGCAAGGCGAUACGACACAGGGGCAGACGUUGGGUGGUAGACCUACGGCAGGAUGAGUGGGAUCCUGAAGAGGAAGUUUGAGGAGGUGGAGGUGGACAGCCCCUCCCCGUGCCUCUCUCUCCGGGGGUCCGAUGACGAGGUCUCUGCCGGCAGCGACAGCGGGAACAGCAGCGACAGCGUCAACCCCGGCCCCUCCACCCCCGUCGCCCCCUCCUCUAUCUUGAGGUGUGAGAAGCGCCUGCUGGUGCGCAAUGUGCACUUUGAGAGCGUGACGGUGUACUACUUCAGCCGGCGCCAGGGCUUCACCAGCGUGCCCACGCAGGGUGGCAGCACCCUGGGCAUGUCCACACGCCACAGCUGGGUGCAGCGCUACACCCUGGGGGAGUUCGCUGUGGAGCAGGAGAGAAGCCACCGAAACAUGCUGCGAGACCACCUCAAAGAGGAGAAACUCAACGCCAUCAAACUCAAGCUGACCAAUAAUGGCACUGUGGAGUCGGACGAGGCCGAGUCACUGACCUUGGACGACAUCUUGGAGGACGACAUCGACCUGGACAACACGGAGGUGGAUGAGUACUUCUUCCUGCAGCCGAUGACCACCAGGCGGCGCCGCGCUCUCCUCCGGGCGUCUGGGGUGCGACGCAUUGACGUGGAGGAGAAGCACGAGCUGCGGGCCAUCCGGGUGUCCCGGGAGGAGUGCGGCUGUGACUGCAGGGGGCUGUGCAACCCUGCGACCUGCGCUUGCAGCCUGGCCGGCAUCAAGUGCCAGGUAAAUGGAGCUGUGGUAGAUCGCAUGUCAUUCCCGUGCGGCUGCAGCAAGGAGAGCUGCAGUAACAGCACAGGUCGUGUCGAGUUCAACCCCAUCCGUGUUCGCACCCACUUCCUGCACACCAUCAUGAAGCUGGAGCUGGAAAAGAGCCACGAGCAACAACCACCACAGGUCACCAUUGGUUACCACAGAGAACUACCAGUCAACAUCCCUGUCCAGCAAGCUCUGCAGUACCCCCUGAUGUCUGACAACAUCCCAGUCCCGCAGGCUCCCAUCAUGCACCUGCCGAGUGCCAGCGACGUGGAGCAGCAUCUAGAAGAGGAAGUGGACGAAGAUGAGGAAGAUGAGGAGGAGGAGGAUGAUGACGAUGGUAGUAGUUUAUGUAGUGGCCUCUCGGACUGCAGCACCGACAGCCUGCACACUAGUGACUCUGAGGAGGAGGAAGAUGACUGUGAGUCUAUGGAGGAGGGGGUGAGUGGACCCCCAGUCUCUCACACAGAGGUGGUCCCUCUCUCCUCUGUGUUGGGUUACAGUGAUGGCACACAGACCAACACCAACCGCGCUAACCCCAACUCAUACUACCACAACCCUUCAUCAGGGUACUACCAGAUGGACAACUCAGCCAAGCAGAACCCCACACCAAAAUCCCCUUGUGAAGCUCCCUCACUCCGCCUCUCACUCCCCAACAGGGAGGGGGCCACCGAUGGCCCCACGGUCGUGUCACAGGAGCAGCCUAAAACCACCUCCGAGCCGCACACAGACCACCUCAGCCAGAUAGAGGGACUGUAUAUGCAUUUUCCCCACACUGACAAAGCACCAGCAGCCAACGCCUGUUCCUCAGCCCCGCAGCAGAGCAACACUCCCCACAGUGGGGAGACUAGUACACUACACCAUGAGCAGCCCUAUCAGACACAGGUUAGCGUUUUUCAUCAUGAAUCUUGUUCUAGAGGCAACUCUGCGGAGUGGUCACUAGUUGGCACAGCCACAAAGUCAUAAAAUCAGAUUUAAACCUAACCUUAACCCUAAACGUAACCACACUGCUAACCCUACUGCCUAACUCUAACCUUAAGACCAAAAGCACAUUUUUGAAUUUUUACAAUAUAGCCAAUUUUGACUCAGUAGCUGGCCUAUCUAAGGGGAAAUCGCUCAGUUCUGCCUCCAGGACAAGACUCAUGACAAUAAUCGUCAAUCAGCCUUUCAGACAGACAUGAACGGUAAUGAUAUUACACUUUCACUGAAGAAUAGCACACGGUCUGAGGUAUCUGUGGGGACUAAGGAGCAGCAAAGCCACGGGUCUUUCAACGGGCUGGCUGAGGCGUCCUCUCUCCUGCCUGAGAAUUAAAGGGAUCCACCCAUUCUAGAGACUAACACUAGUCACUAGCAGUGUCAGGUAGACUUGUGGCGAGUUCAAUGAAAGUGGUUAGUGUGAUAAGAGUCAUAUAAGCAUUCCUUUGCAGCAAGUAUGUACAUUCGGAUUAAUGUGCUGACCAACUUAAUUAAAGGGAUACUACAGGAUGACGGCAAUGAUCGCCUUCUCCAGAUCCAGAUGAACUUGUGGAUACCAUUUUUAUGUCUCUGCGUGUAGUUUGAAAGAAGUUGUUAACUCGCGUUAGCGCAAUGACUGGAAGUCUAUGGAAACCAGAUGUUAGCUGUGACCAUAGACUACCAGUCAUUGCACUAACACUAGUGAGCAUUGGCUUGCAAAACUACCUCUAACUUCCUUCGUACAGGGAUGAAGGAUGCAGGGACGUAAAAAUGGUAUCCUUGAGUUCAUCGGACUGGGACUGGGGAAGUAGAUAAUGGGCUUCAUUGCCAAAAUCCUGAAGUAUCCCUUUACUAGUGAAACCAGUUUGAUUGAAUAGAACCUGAAGGACGGUGUUUGUUGUUUUCAACUCCUGAUGAAUGUACCUUUUUCAAAGUGAACGAUUAGGAUUCAACGGCAAGUUGUGGGGUUUUGCCUCAGAAGGAUCUUUGCACAUUAUUGCGCACACAGUUUCCAUGUCCUGGUUCUGAAUGUCUAACCGCUAUUGGACGAUGACUGUGAAAUAGUUAGAAUUAAACAAAAUGAUUCCUUGUCGAAUGGGAAAAUGAAAAGAUGAUCACAUUUUAGUUAAACGAAUGAACGAAGAUAGACGGUAGGGCUCGGACGAUAUCAGCAACGCGAUACUUGUGAGUCACGUGGCAAUGAAACAAAACAUGAUGUCGGCUUUAACUUCUUUAGGAAAACAGCCCUAAUGUCGGAAAUAAACAUUGCUCACAGUAUUUAUAUAUAGCAGGUUUUUAAAAGACCGAAGAGUUUUUUUCUGCUUCAUGUUUACAUUUUGGCCAUGGAAAAAAGUAUUGCAGUACUGGUAUAGUCACAGCCUUGGUAGAUUGAGCUUUUAUAUGGAGUCAACUGGAAAAUGUAUGUAGCUGCAGUUUAUUUAUGGCUAUACAAAGUGUAUGUAAUAUAAUGUGCGUUUUGAUAAUGACAGCAUGCUGUUGUUAGUACUGAUGACAAAUCAACACGAUUUUGAGGUACUACUAUUAUUAAGCGUUGGUCUCUUGCUGACUUGUGUUGUCUCAUAGAUGUUGUAUACUUUGCAUGUAUUUUGUUGAAAGGAAAAACACCCUGUUUUAAAAAUGAACUUUUUUUAAUAUACAUAUAUAUAUAUGCAGUGAGAAUGUCAAAAGGAAACAAAUGAAAGAACAUUUGUACUUUACGUUAGAUUGGACAGUUAGAUUGACAAUCCUCUAAGAUACUGUAGUUAGAGCCACAGACUUAUAACCAUCUCUAGUCUUACCGCUGCAUUUAGGUCCAUUUUCAAUUGGACCAUGAAACUUGGAAAAUGUACGUCGUGAGACAAGCUAUAUUUUCAGUGCUGCUAUUAUGAUUUGUUAUCGAGCUUUAUUGUCACAUGCACAGGACACAGCAGGUGUAAAACAGUGCAGGGAGAACCUUAACUUGCGAGCUCUUUCCUCAAAAAUGCGUAAUAACGGUUGUAACACAGAGAAAUAAAAACAGUUGAAAUGUGACAGAAGAAUAGAGUUAUAUAACGUUCUUAUAUACAGGUCAGUACAGUGCCAGUACUGUUAUUACAUUGUGCAGGGGGUACUGGAGGGAUUGAGGAAGGAAUGGACCUACUCCAUCACGACAUGUUCUUUUUCUCCACUCGCUUUUCUCUCUGUAUCCAGUCUCUUCAUCGAGCCCCUUUAUGGUCCUCCUCGCUCUCUUUCUCACGCUCUCUUGCCCUCAUGACCUCUCUCUCCUCUCGCCCAUCCUGUGACAUCAUAUCACGUCAGCCAAUGAGGUGGUGUGUAGCGUAAGGGCGCCAAAGCAUUCAUGAUCUAUAGUGAAGUAAGCUACCAGUCUGUACCAGUCUCUGCUAUUCUGCUGUAGAUAUGAUUUGGUAGUCUAUAUUGUGGUCAGUGUGAAAAUGGGUAUUUUAUUGUGGUUUAUUCCCGCAGCAGUCUGUUGUGUCAUGAAGGCCUUGAAGUGCACAGAGCUCAUAUUGUUUUUGGUUUUGUCCCAAAUGGCACCUUAUACCCUUUAUAGUGCACUUCUUUUGAACAAGGAAGUAGUACCCUUAUAGGGUAUUUGGGACACAAACUUCCUGUUCGGUUUAGUUUUGUUCCAGAAUGUCUCUUUGUUUAUCAAGACUGCCUAGAACUGGGGGCCAAAAAUUGAUUUUCUCUGUUCUUCUUUUUUACACCAACAUUUGUUCCUUUUUCCACAAACAUCAGACUUUGAGAAUAAAUAACCAAUGGAAUAA